AUGUUUGAGUCUGUCAUUGUGGCCACUGUCCAAUAUAUCUCACUGAAGGUCUCCCUCACCCUUCUUGGCCUCUACUUCACAAAACAUGAUGUCUUCCUCCAGCUAUUGAUCCCUGCUGAUGAAGUGUCCAAAGCAAAGCAAGCUUGCCCUGCCCUCAGCAUUUGGGGCGUGUGUGAGGCUGGCUCCUCCUCUUUCCAGUCCUGGCCCCCAGACCCUGCCUCCUUGCCCAGGGUCCAUGGCUCCCACUCUGGGCUCCCCUUUGGGUCUCUGUGUCUUUGCACACAGUUCCGACACGCUCCAGGACCCAGGACCCUGCUCAGCACCCAGCUCUGCAGCAGCUCUUGCAUGUACAGCGGGGCCCUCACUUCCCACAUGCUGUGUGCCGGCUACCUGGAUGGGAGGGCAGAUGCGUGCCAGGGGGAUAGCGGGGGCCCCCUGGUGUGCCCAGAUGGGGGCACGUGGCACCUGGUGGGGGUGGUCAGCUGGGGCCAUGGCUGUGCAGAGCUCAACUACCCAGGAAUCUACACCAAAGUAGCCGCCUUCCUGGACUGGAUCCAUGACAUAGCACAGGAAACCUGUGCCCUGCCCCCGGAGGAUUCAGCUUCCCACCUGCCUGGGCAGAGCUGUCAAGCCUUCCGAGGCUUCCCAAGAAGAUUGCUCCUGGCUGCCAUGCACACAGCCAUGCCCAGGGUGAAGCUCGUUCCCAUCUGCUCCUUCUGUGAGCUUGUGGAGCCCCAGGGCCCCGUGUUGAUAUCCUUGAUCAUCAAUACUUUCUUCAUGAACAAAGAGAUAUUUCUGAGGAAGCUGACUUCAAAUUCACCAGAUGCUCUGGACAAAAUCAGAUAUGAAAGCUUGCCAGAUCCCAGUAUGCUAGCCUCUGGGAAAGAGCUGCAUAACCUCAUAACAAACAAGCGGGAUCGAAACCUCAUGAUUGUGGACACUGGAAUUGGGAUGACCAAGGCUGACUUGAUCAAUAACCUUGGUUCCAUCUCCCAGUCGGGGACCAAAGCAUUCUUGGAAGCUUUGCAGGUUGGUGCAGAAAUCGCCAUGAUUGGCCAGUUUAGCGUGGGGUUUUAUUCUGCGUAUUUCGUUGCUGAGAAAGUGACCAUGAUCACCAAACAUAAGGAUAAUGCUCAGUCUACGUGGAAGUCUUCAGCAGGAAGGUUGUCCAGAGUUAGGACGAACACAGACAAACGUAUGGGUGGAACAAAGGUCAUCCUGCAUUUGAAAGAAGAUCGAACUGAGUAUUUUGGAAGAAGAAUGAAGGAAAUAGUGACGAAACAUCCUCAAUUCACUGGCUAUCCAGUUACUCUUUUCGUGAAAAAAGAAUGAGAUAAAGAAGUGAGUGAAGAUGAGGCUAAAGAAGAGAAAGAGAAAGAAGAAAAGGAGUCUGAUGACAAGCCCGAAAUCGAAGAUGUUGGUUUUGAUGAAGAAGGAGAAAAGAAGGAUGGUGACAAGAAGAAAAAGAUCAAGGAAAAGUACCUCCACCAAGAUGUACUCAACAAAACAAAACCCAUUUGGACCAGAAAUCCUGACAAUGUUAUCAGUGAAGAAUAUGGAGAGUUCUAUAUAAGGCCUUGACCAGUGACUGGGAAGACAACCUGGGUAUGAUGAAGCAUUUCUCAGUUGAAGGACUGUUAGAAUUCAGAGCCCUUCUUUUUGUCCCAAGACAUGCUCCCUUUGACCUGUUUGAAAACAGAAAGAAAAAGAACAACACUAAAUUAUACAUACACAUAGUUUUCAUCAUGGAUAACUGUGA